CGAUUUGCAACAGAUUUUCAUUCUUAUUCCAUCGUUUCUACAGCACCGAUCAACAAACCACAACCAGCAUCAUGUCAGGCAGAGGCAAAGGCGGAAAAGUGAAGGGAAAGGCAAAGUCUCGCUCAUCCCGUGCCGGACUCCAGUUCCCAGUCGGUCGUAUCCAUCGUCUGCUUCGCAAAGGCAACUACGCCGAGCGUGUUGGUGCUGGUGCUCCCGUCUAUCUGGCCGCUGUCAUGGAGUACCUGGCCGCUGAAGUGUUGGAGUUGGCUGGCAACGCCGCCCGUGACAACAAGAAGACUCGUAUCAUUCCGCGUCACUUGCAACUGGCAAUCAGGAACGACGAGGAGCUGAACAAGCUGUUGUCCGGCGUAACAAUCGCACAGGGUGGUGUCCUGCCCAACAUCCAGGCUGUCCUCUUGCCGAAAAAGACCGAGAAGAAGGCUUAAGUCUGCUUGCCUUGCUACUGCGCGCUCGCGCGCAUUCGACUCUUGGUGUUGAACCACAAAGGCCCUUUUCAGGGCCAGCAA